UGGGUCAAUUUUUGUUCCUUUUUUAUGAAUCCAAAUGAUGUUUGUUACUUUCCGGUUUAAAGGUAAAGCACCAGUUUUAAAUGAGGUAUCAAAAAGAUGGCUUUAGGAAGAUGCUAAGAUAUUGGCGCAUUGUUUUAGUAGAACAUUUUGAAUGCCAUCCAAACCAGUAGAUGGGGUUAGUUUUAAGCACCCUCGAUGCUUUUUUUGCUACUGAAGGAUGGGAGUUAAUAGACCACAGACAUGCUGAAUGUACAUUUAUGUGUAUGUGUGUAUGUGCAUGUACACAUCUCUAAACUUAGAUAUAAAGAUUUAUGGAUAAGAGUAAAUCUUCUAAUAUAAUAAAAGAUUAUGCUAGAAAUGCCCUUGAGAAAUUUGUAUUUGAAUACACAGAUUGUGAUUUAAGUUGUGUGGAUGAAAUUUUGUUAGAGUAUUUGGUUACAGUUUUGGAAAGUCUUGGAAAGAAUUCAAAUGAUGUUGAAACAAGUUUUGAUAUUGACGAGUUUACUGCAAUGAUGACAGACUUUAUUCCUGGUUUUGAAAAUAUAAACAGUGCCAGUAUAAUAAACUGGAUGUUUUCUUUGGCAAAACGCAUCGAAGCAGGUACUAUUACACUAAAAAAGAAUAUACAAACAAAAACUGAGUUUGAGCAAGUUUGUCCUGAAGAAGAAAAGGUUGUCGUCUCCACAAAUUUAAUGUCAAAUCUGCUACUUUCUGAAACAAUGAAUAUGGAAUGUAGUAACAUAAACAAAAAAACAGAAAAUGUACCAUCUAAUGAAUUAUCAAGUACCCACUUAAAUUCUCAAAAAAAACUAAGUUAUUGUGAUAAGUUGCAAAGGUUAAAAGACCUAUAUCCAAGUAUUCCUGAAGACCAACUUAGACGUUCAUUAGCAUAUGCUCAUGGGAAUCUUAAUAAAGCUGCUAACGCCAUAUUAUCUAAUAAAGCUUGUCAAGAACACAAUGUUACUCAACGUAACAAUAGUUUAGAGGAAGAAGACAAAGAAAAACUUGAUACAAAAGAUCCAUGUGCAGAUCUUUUAAUGAAAGAAAAAGUUUCUCAGCUACAAGAAAUUUUUCCAUUCAAAUCAGUAUCGUUUUUACAAGAAACGCUUUUGUCUGUCGGUAGUAUUGAUGGCGCUUGUCAGUUAUUGUUUGAGCAAGAUAGCAAAGUUGAAAGUUACAACAAGCUCAAGGUACACAAAACAUCAUCAAAGAAAGCAUGUUUGUCAGAUAGUGACUUAGCUCGCCUCAAGCAAGAUGCUCUUUUAAAGUAUUCAUUGGUUGUAGAGAAAUCUGAACCAUACAAACCCAUUGUUUUUGUAGAAAAGGAUUCAAAAGUUGAACCGCUAAACAACAUUAAAGAAAAUUUGUUUUCAUCUGAAAAGCAAUCAAGUAGUUGUCAAACUUUAACUAAAGGGAAGAUAUCUAAAAUCAAUCCCAAAACUAAUAAAAAGUCAAAGCCCCCCUAAUUUUUUUAUUGAUUUUUAUUCCUUCUCUUUGGGUAAAGUAUUUUGUGUGUGUUUGUGUGCAAUAGUUUAUAUUUUAAUAAACUUGCAAAUUUAAAUUGGAUAUUAUGUAUAUAGAUUUUUUUUAUAUAUCUGUUAGACGAAAGAUAGAUUUUAUUAUAUCUGUUUGA